UUAGUAUUCUCACUCUUCACACGCACAAGUUCGUGAAGAGAAGUACCUCAUACUGCAUCUGUUCGAAUCCUCUUUAUGAUGCUUCCAAUAGAGAGCGGACGUACAUUUAUGGAAGCUUGAACUCGGCAUCUGGGGUCAGUUUAAGGAGUUCCAGAUUAUUCUGACUCAUUCUUGAGCAACAGUUCUCUGUUUACGAAACCUAUUCCCAUCCAUCUAGGAAGAUGCUUCGAUCCACUGCGCUCCAGGUGACGAUCUUUAUGAUCAGUGUGUUCACGAUCGGAGGCUUUGCAGACGCCAAUAUUGUGACAGUGGCAUCGUCGGCAUCCUGUACAACCGAAGAACUUUAUUCCUGGAAGAUAAUAGCACUAUCGGCCAUUGGAGCUUUGGCGGUUAGCAUCCUGGGAAAUAUUAGCUUGCUAGUCAUUAUACAGGUUGCACAUGACGAUGUACACGCAUUCUACAUCCUACUCCGACCAGAAAGGAAGCCUGCAGCAAAGUGUUCUGACCAAGAAAGAAUGGCUAUCGGUAACAAUGUGGAUUGCGAAGAAAUGUAUAGCUCUUUGGACAAUGCUACCGAAGGCGAAGUUCACGACAAAGGGCAAUGCACCGCUACUGAGAGUUUGGAUGACCAAGAUUUGUAUUGCUCCCUGGAUACCGACACUGAAGGCAACGGCAAACGCCCUCCUCAGUCUAAUGUGGUCAUGGCCAAUUCAGGUGCGGAUUAUGAGGAAGGUUCGCUACUGGGUCCUACGAACGAGCCAAGCUAUGACGCGGUGGUGCACAGUGUGCCUGCGCCUAGCAAUCUGUAUCACUUGGGGACAAACGCAAUCCUGCCAGGACCAGCUCUAGGGCUGAGGGAUGCUGUCUGCCGCGACGGGAAGUGCACGAAGUCAGGAAAGCGGCAGGUUGGAAGCGAGAGAGCAUCGAGUAGCACGUUGUAUGAAGACCUGCCGGAUUCAAAGGUGUAUGAGGACGUGUACGGAAACGAGCCAUCAACAGUCGUUUCAAACAGGACGAGUGGCACCGGUCUGCAUGACCAUGAUAUUCACAACCGUAACGAGAUUACACUUCGGGACAAUCCAAGCUAUGGCAUAUGCCAAUACACGCAAUCUGAGACGGCUGUGAAUUCAGAUGACCUCCUCUACGCUAGUGCUUCACGGGAAGAGAAUGCCUCUGCCACAUUAUGCAAUGAGGUUGCAGAUACGGGUCCAGGGAGCUCAGCCAACGAAGACUACAUCGAAAUCAUCCCAAUAAGUACAGAUGCGGUAGAAUCUGAUGAACGGGGAACGGAUGGCAAUUCCACUUACGGCGUCAGUCCGUACGGCCAAUUGGAUUUACGGCAUGAUUCUCGAGUAAGAGACACGGAAAACAUGGGUGGACAGCAGAAAAGUUAUGCUUCUCUGGGUGGUCUGCAAAACGGCCAUCCAUGGAUCCAAGCAGCUCUGCGGUACCCAAGCUUGCGAGCACCAGUGAAUACAACCGGAUUGCUUUAAACUGUGUCACAGAAACUCAAUGUAUCUACAUCGACCUUAUUGGACCCAGUGCAAAGACUGUGGUAGGCCCCAGUUAAAAUGAGCUGAUGCUUGACCUUCCCAACUACGAGCGCUAUCAAGAUGAGUAUGAGCAUGAUGGAAAUAAAGACCACGGCGAACUUACACGUACCCUUAGCUCAAACCAAGUGAUGUGUAAAACUAAUGUAUUGCCUCAUACCCCUCACCCUUGAUAAUCAUACCUUAUUUGACAUUCUCAUAAUUAUAAAUAAAGAGACUCGCCGAUGACUGGAUAACAUGAAAUACGCACCCACGAAGACCACACACACACACACACACACACACACACACACACACACACACACAC